GUGACGCGCGGCGUCAGCUGACGGCGGAGUCGCUGGCGGCGGCAGGCGGCGGCAUUCAGGGUUGUUCGCCGCCGCCGUGCCGAGCUGCCGCCGCCAUGCCCUCGGAGAAGAGCUUCAAGCAGCGCCGCACCUUCGAGCAAAGAGUGGAAGAUGUACGGCUGAUUCGAGAGCAGCACCCAACUAAAAUACCAGUGAUCAUUGAAAGGUACAAGGGAGAGAAGCAGCUUCCAGUUUUGGAUAAGACCAAGUUCCUGGUGCCAGAUCAUGUCAACAUGAGCGAGCUAAUCAAAAUUAUCAGGCGACGCCUGCAGCUGAAUUCCAACCAGGCAUUCUUCCUCCUGGUGAAUGGACACAGCAUGGCAAAUUUAGAUUUGGGUUUCCAUGAAGCCAAAUCCACUACAAGCCACAGAUCACUACCUGGACUGAGCCUGGUUCCUGGCCAUUUCAUGUUGCUGUGCCUCUCUAGCAACGUUCCUUAUUCCUGCUCACCUCCCUGGUGAGGCUGAUAACUGCUCUCUGAGAACACAGGACUGAAGGAUAGCCCAGAACAUUUCUUUCCUAUGAACAUGGUCCAGAAAGGUCUCAGCUGUCAAGCUACUGAGUCACUCCCUCACAUGAACGUUUCACUGCUAAGGCCCCUCAAGGGCAGCUCUAUAACCUUCUCCAAUACAACUUCCCUUGCUUCCAAGCAAAAUUGGCUGCACCACUACAAAUACUCUUUGUCCUGGUGUGGUUUAAAUUUGUGUAAGAAAUACCUCCAAGUGUAAACAAGGCUUCAGACUUUCAAGGUGUCUUCCCAAUUACAGUAAGCAAAUAUUGCUAUGAUGUCAGAUGUUUUAAAGAGAAGGCCUCACCCAUCUAAUGCCAUCAGAUUCCCUGGGUGAACCAUGAGGAUUAGUAUCUUCUUUCAACCAGACAGGACCAAACUGUUUCAAAUUAGUAGUUCAAGAUUUAUUUGGCUUCCUCUCAAGUCCUAAUUUAGAUUUGUCACCCACAAAUGAUGUACAUUAAGUAGUUAGCACCAAAGCUAGUCAUCUACAAUCUAUUGCAACGGAGGCUGACGAGUAAUCCUUCAAAGUCUUGAUAAUAAUGAAGUUUACUACCUUUUACAUGUUUGACUUCUACCGCUUCUGAAUCCUGUAGCAAAAGCCUCAGGGUAGGAGUAAAAGGGGUAUUUUUUUAUACAAAGUAAAGCAAAAGCUUACAAACUCUGCUGACAGAGGUGGGGU